AUGGGACAUAACGUCUCUGCUAUUGCCGGUGUCAAGUCCCCCAACUUCUACGAACAAGGAAACGCCAUAAACGAAAUCUGGGUCGAUAACGUCGAACUUAUCUCUCGAUUACCCUUUGGAGAUUCAGACCUCGGUCAAGCAGGCUGGCCUAAAGGAAACUGGCCCAAGAUCCCCUGGCAUCAAUUCAUCAUUCCACUCAAACGAGAUCUCUCAAACGCACCCAUGUCGGACCAAGGAACCUGUACUUGUUCGAUCGGCUAUCCGGAGACCGGGUUGGACAGCAUGUACAGAAGCUGGAACAUCUGGUAUGCUCAAAUUUGGGCGGCAUUUUUGCUCUUGCUCGCCAUGUUUGCGUGGUUCACACUUUAUCGUUUCCUCUCAUGGGACAAUUUCUGCGAGUCGUUGAACGAUCUCAUGCCUUCAAACCUGAGAACGCCCAAACCGAUACCUCAAAUUCCUCUUAAUAUCAGGUCUCAUCGUCAAGCAGCUCUUUUAUUUGGGCGCUGGUAUUUCAUGAGAGCAGUGCCUCUUAUGGUUAUCGGGUCGAUUCUCUUGUUCUUUGCCUCGCCUGCGGCGGCUCUCUAUGUCGGAAACUUCCCGAUCAACUUCGCAUAUCGAGCUCUUGUGGAAAUGGUAUACUGGAUGAACGUAACUUGCGUUCUCGGAUGCGCUGUCAUAUUUUAUCGAUACAAAAAAGCUUUUGAGUCCAGGGAGAGGAUCAAUGCCAUUGAGAUCGUACCCGUCCUUCCUCCUCAAACUGUAACAGUGGCCCUAGUGGGAGUUAUUCAAGUGCCCGAUGUUGCAUACCAGUCGUGA